UACUAUGAAGAGAAGAAGUGUCAGACGUACAGUACGUCAACGCGGUAGUAGUAAACGGUGGACUUUUCACUGUAGGUUAAUGUUGGAGACGCCUGUCUGGCAUAACAGCAAGAAAACUGAAAUCAUACGAACUUUACGGGCCGAAGGGAUUCUCGGGGCCGCCCUAGGUCGCUGAAACAGUCAUGGGGAACCAAGAAAGCUCCUGUGGAGGAGGUAGCGGUGACGAAGAGGACAUAGAAACAGAGCACACCGGUUUCGCGGAAGACAGCCCGGCCUCUGCGGCCACUGGUGGCGGUGUCGGAAGCGCUGGAGGGUCCGGUUCUGGUAGAAACGGACAUAGAUCGAAUAACCCCAGCAGGCCCACCGGCGGACCGCCCAGUCCCGGUGUCCUCUUAGAGCAAGUGAAACUGAGAGAAGCGGCGGCCCGUAUUAGUGACUCAGGGGUCGCCAUUCAAGAGUCCGUCCUCGCAGGGAAUGAAGGAGUUCUGGUGCGGUGGCUGGAAGACCGUUUGAACAGAGGAGAAGAGUCUGUCAAUGUGGAACAAUUUUGUGAGAUGUUGGAGAGCAGAGAUGCUCAGAGAGAUCAAUGUGAAGAGGCUUUUGGACAGUUUGACGCAGAAGGAGAUGGCGUGGUGGAUGUGGAGACCAUGCUGAGUGCUUUAAAGAACUCCAAUGGAGCAAAUCUACAGGGAGAACUCAGUCAUGUCAUUAGACAGCUGCAGGCUUGUUCCCUAACCCCAGGGUUUGUUGACAUUUUCUCUAAGACGAAGGACCGGUUAAGGGUGCAUGCCUCAAAGAUCCUUAAGUUUUUACACAGGAACCGUAUUCCUAGUAGUGGAAUCCCUUUCCCAGUCUUGGAAGGCUACAACAGCAUCUGCACCAUGAGGUCCAUUGUGGUCCAGGACUACUUGGAAUUCCUCUUGCAGAAAGAGAAAGAUUUACAUAUAGAAUACAGAGAUGAGCUGGACUGUGAUCCAGAGGUGGACAAGGUCAGAGUGGUCACCCAGUGCUACAGCAAGAUAGAAGCCUCUUCUAAUGUUUUUGACGUUUACAAGAUGACAAAUGGAGAAACCUCUUCCUUCUGGCAGUCAGAUGGCAGUGCACGCUCUCACUGGAUCAGGCUUAAAAUGAAACCAGGUAUUGUCUUGAGACGACUGGCCAUUGCUGUGGCUUCAAACGACCACAGCUACAUGCCCCAGUUGGUCUCGGUCGCUGCGGGAAAGAAGCACUGUUCCCUGCAGGAAAUAAGAGAGAUUCGAAUCCCCAGCAAUGUCACAGGCUACGUCCCUCUCCUGGAGAAUGCAAACGUCACACACCCCUACAUCCAAAUCAACAUUAAGCGAUGCCUGAGUGAUGGAUGUGACACAAGGAUUCAUGGCUUGAAGACUCUUGGAUAUCAGAUCACCAUAAAGAAAAAAGAAGUCUCUGUUUCGGAUGCUUCUGCCAUCUGGUACCUGUCUCUCCUCACCUCCUUGGUUACUGCUUCAAUGGAGACAAACCCUGCACUCGCUCACACCGUCCUUCAGAGCACACAAAAAGCGUUGAGUCAUAUGCCACCACUGUCUCUCACACCAUCAUCCACAGAGUUCCCCAAGUUCUUCUCUGUUAACAUCCUGGGGGAGGUGGAUGAAUUCCUGCUCAGGAUUGCCAACUGCUGUGUCAGUCCUGAUGCUGAACUUACCCUCUUAGCCUUUGCCCUAGCCAGAGGCAGUGUGGCCAAAGUGCUCCAGGCUCUGUCAUGUCUUAUUGAUCAUUUGGAGAUGGAGUAUAAAGCUUCCUCCAUCAUUGUGUCUAUGUCCUCCGUUAGGCUGCGACUUCUCUACCGCAAUGGUAAACCCCUGCAGCUGCAUCUUCAGGCCUGUGAUGUGAAGAGUAAAGAGGAAAAAUCCGGACCUGAAAACAUGCUCACAGAGUCUUCCACUGGAGACGGUUUCCUCACACAAAGUGGCAAGAAGAAGGCCAGUGUGAUCCUGUCCACAGAGGACCAGAACAACUUCCAGGUCACUCAGAUGAAGAUCAGCGUGCGAAAAGGAGCAAUUGGGCCGAAAUGCGGCCUGGUGUUUGCCUACAGAGAGGAAGACCCUUUUGAUGCAGCAAGACAUUUCAAGAGGUUCCAGAAGUAUGACUCGUGGGACUACAAGGACUACAGAAACUUUGUACAAGACAGUGUGCGGGUUCCAGAACGCUCUGAGGAUGAACCAAUUGGAUGGUUUGAGCUGGAGGACGACUGGGAUGAUUUGGAAAUUAAACUGCAGCAGUGUCGCGUAGCAAAGUUCCUGAUGGUGAAGUUCCUCUGCACCAGACAGGACUCUGCAGAGCGCCUCGGUGUGCAGUCCGUUAGCUUCAAUGGAUACCUUUGCCCCAGAGAAGAGAAAGUGGGUGACCUGGAAGACCUGGGCGCAGAAGGACUAAGCCCUGACGGAGAUGUUGUCACUGGCCUUUGUCUACUUAACAAGACGCUGUUCUUCAUUCAGCAGCUUACACAAGACAUGAAUUCUCACUUCAAGCAGAAGUAUCUCCUGGACUUCAGUGGCCUUAGCCUCCACCUCUUUUGGGGUUUCUACAGUAAACUGAGAGAGAUUGAUGGAGAAGAGAUGUUAAAGAGCAGAAUUCUUCUGCUUCAGUUGAUGCAAAACUGUUUCCCAGUGCUGCACAAUCUACUGGAGUCUAAGGGUCUAGAUGAGAGCUCAGAACCUGAUGAUCGGGGUCCUGCAGCCACUUGUCCAUCCACGUCCAGCAGUGAGGAGCCUACAAAAGACUUUGCUAGAGCAGUGUCUGAACUCUACAGUCAUCUCUGCCAGAUUGUGGAUGAUCCUGAUGGAGAAACAUCAGUGGAAAAGACUUUGCAUAAGGAAGCGGUCAAAGCCAUUCUGAAUGGAGCUGCUGUUUUCUUUCCUGAUAAACAAGCCAGACGUGACAAACUCUUCCACAUGAUGAAAAAUAUUACUGAAGACGACCAGCCGGAGUCGUUGAAGGUGACGUUUGAAUCACUGUGUAAUUACUUCAGUGAUCAGGACCCGAGUGGCCUUCUGAUGCUGCCGCCGAAAGGCGCUCCGGCAGAUUUCAAUGUUAGCCCUAUAUUGUCAGUCAUGGAGACAUUGCUAUCAGUUGCCACACAAGAGUGUGAAGUUAUCAUGGUGAAUGGGAGCAGUGGACCUAGCAGGACAGUGCUGCUGUCCUUGUUCUGGGCUCUGCAGGGCAGCCUGCUCUCUUGGUGCUACCUGCAGCUCAAAGGAGGAAUUUCGACGGUUGUUGCCAUGGACCUGACACGAGACAUUCUACUAAAGUAUGUGAAUCAGUUCUUGGAGAGCUUCAAAACUGUCAUUCUCUCCCUCCUGGGGAGAUACACUGGUGCUGAAAUCACUGAGAAACUUGGCAGCUCCAUUCUAGCCACGGUCUUCAGACAACUGAUGGUCUUUCUUCUGGAGUUGUGCUCGCUGGACAUACCGCACAGUGUUUUGCUAAAGAGCUUCUCCUCUCUGGUCGAGCCACUUAAAGGCCUUUCAAGUGACUCUGAAUACACGCUCUCCAAGGUUGAUCAAGAGAGCUGGCACCAACCACAGCAGCCAGUGGUGCUGAGGACCUGGAACAUCGAGUCACCUCACAACUAUGAGAACAGCUGCCAUGAGACCAGCAUCUUUGCCUGUCCUGGUGCUACCUCCUUUGAGGUAGAGUUUGAUGAGCGCUGUGAGACAGAGAAGAGAUAUGACUACCUGGAAUUCACAGAUUCCAGAGGUGGCAAGGUCCGCUACGAUAUGAAAGUGGGAACUGAGAAGUGGCCAAAGAAAGUGACAUUUGAUGCAGGCCCUCAGCUUCAGUUUCUCUUCCACUCUGAUAGCAGUAAUAAUGAGUGGGGUUACAAGUUCACUGUGACAGCGCUGGGACUCCCAGACAUCACAAUUUCUUGGAUGUCAGACCUUCAGCUGCUGGUGGCUCGCCUAAUGGGUCGUCUCUCAUCAAGGACUUUAGCACUGAAGUCUCCCCAUGAGACACGCACAAUCAAAGAGCUACCCGCAGGGAAAAUGUCCCACGUUCAGUCGUCUCCUUUGUGGAAACCCAUCCUACGACAUGGCCUUUGUGAAACAAAGGAGACAAAUCAGACCAGAACGACCUCAGAUCAGACAAAUACGUGGACCCUUGAUGAUGUAAUGAGCUUCCUGGAAAGUUUUGCUCGCUGGAAUCCCUCACAAGAUUUGAAAGACAGCAGAACUGAUCUGAUGAAGAGACUGAUGCACUGCUUCCGACAACAGAUAAUGAAGACUGAGAUAGCAGUGGGGUCAAAGACGGACCAAGCUGUAAAUGCUAUUUGGGCUGCCAUGGUGUACCACACACCAGCUCUCAAUAGUGCCCUUCAGGCCUAUGUUAAUCAGGACUACAAGGCCUGUCUCAGUGAAGAGUUUGUGCAAGCGUAUUUAUUUGCUGACAGUAUCAGAACAUGGAUGUUGGAGAUGAAGCAAAGAUAUCUUGUCGGCAAAAUGAAUGAUGAUGAGAAGGAAGGAGCUCCUGAUGAGGUCACGAUGGAGUCUCUAGCUGAGGUGUGCAUUGAGAAGAGCCUGCUCCUGUUCAGAUUUGCCCCAUGUGGAGUUACAAACCAGGACAGUGACUCAUUCAAAGCUACAGAGGGCAGCAGUGUGCCUUUCCUCCGCUCAACUUCCAUUUCUGAAGGAGACUUCCAGCCCAGUCCGUCUUCAGGAGGUCAGACCACUGGGGCUGUCAGGGGCCAUGGGGGCAGUGCUCCGAGCGUCACCCAGGACUCUUGUGUGAAGAGCAGACAAGGCUCCAAAGACUCCACAGAAAACUUCACAAGUCAGUCUGGAGAACCAGCCUCGCCCUCUGCUUUUCCCCGAAAACCCCCAUUUAAUCGGUCCCGCUUUCGCCUUCUGUCCUGCCGAUCUACAGAGGGGCCCCACAUGGCUCCUUCUGUCAAAGACCGCUAUCCCAUGCUCAAACACAUCCUUAAUUUUAUAAAAGACCAGGCUCUUACAACAGCAAGUAUUUUGCAGACGCUGUCCCUGAACAGAGCCCAGGCUUUAAGUGUGUGUAAGGUCCUUCAGAUGGUUCCACAGUGUUUGACCUCCCUGGGAAAGCCACAUCUGUUCCAAGCUCCCUGCAUCUUGUUCUUACAAGAGAUGCUGACAUGUCAGAAGGAAUUUACCAGUUAUUUCUCCCACUUGUCAGACAGUGGGGAGAAGAUUGGAGGUGAGGUGAGGCAGUCCUACCAUCACUUGGUGCUGAUGCUGGUAGAAGCAGUGCAAGGCUUCAGCAGUCUUAAUGAAAAAGCUUUGCUGCCAGCUCUGUCAUGUGUGCAGACGUGUUUGUUGCACCUUCUGGACAUGAACUGGGAACUAAAGGACCUAGAUCUCUUUCUGAACAUCAAGCUUCCAGAUCUUCUUCUCAGCAUGUCCCAGGAGAAUAUCAGCGUUCAUGACAUUGCCAUCAGCCAGUGGACAGAAGAAGAUGAAAUUGCAGACUACAAGAAGAACCAGGAAUGGAUGGAUGAGUUUAUGGAUGGAAUGUUUGAGAAGUGGUGCGACAAGAUUGAUGAGGAGGAAUCCUUGGAAGACAGGAGGAAGAUGCACAUGUUCAUUGCACGCUAUUGUGACCUGCUAAAUGUGGUCAUCUCCUGUGAUGGCUGUGAAAGGAUGGCACCGUGGCAUCGCUACCGAUGCCUCCAGUGCAUGGACAUGGACGUCUGCAAAACCUGCUUCCUUAGUGGCACCAAGCCUGAAGGUCAUGAGGAUGACCAUGAAAUGGUGAACAUGGAAUACGCCUGUGACCACUGCCAAGGACUCAUUGUUGGCAGCAGAAUCAACUGCAAUGUAUGCGAGGACUUCGACCUGUGCUUUGGGUGUUACAGUGCCAAAAAAUAUCCUGACAGUCAUCUACCCACCCAUCGCAUCACCGUGUACCCGAUGGUCACAAUAAGAAUCAGUGACCGUCACCGCCUGAUCCAACCCUACAUCCACAACUACUCCUGGCUCCUGUUUGCUGCUUUGGCUCUGUACACAUCAGGACUGAGCAGUGAGAAGGAGAUUGAGGGAGAGGUGUUGGACAGCAGCACACUGAGCCAGGCCUCCGACCUGCAGACACGCUGCUCUCAACUCAUCACUGAUUGUUUGCUCAAAGGGCAGAGCAGCAAAGGCUUACGUUCUUCUGCUUUGCUGGCGCUUCUGUCUUCCAAUGACUCGGCUUCUGAAAGUGAGCUGUGUCCAGUCUCUCCAACGUCUUCUCAGGAACUAAGUGCAGCCACUGACGCAUCUUCACUGCCUGGCAGCACGGCAGCCAUCUGCUCCCCAUCAUCACCUGGGGAGAAGACCAAACCAUCAGGACAAGACAAAAAAGUGAAGGAGAUGGAAUCUCCUCCUGCUCCUCUUCCAGAGUUUCAGCCAAACACUGAAGACGGCAAGAAAAAGAAAUUAGUCACUCAAGAUACACUUGAGUCCCCAAGUCUUAGCCAGACUCCAUCUAUGUCCAGUGAGGACCCUCUGUCUCCUGUGAUCCUGCAUCCAGAUUCAGCACCAGAGACGGUUAACUCCCCAGCAUUGGACCCAGUCAAGGUGUUUUCAGAGUGUUCCAAAGAAAGGAUCCUGGGACUUUUAGCAGCCAUGUUGCCUCCAGCUAAACAAGACAGUGCCCUGUGCCUUGCCAGUAUGAGCUCCAUCCUGCCGCAGCUUUUCAGGGCAGUGAUUUCCAACGCUGGCUCUCUCAACGAGACCUACCACCUCACCCUGGGGCUGCUGGGUCAGCUGCUGCUCAGAAUCUCCCCACUAGAGGCUGACAUCGCUGUAACAGAGGCCCUGGCUGACAAGUACGAGUUGAUGACACAAGGAGAGAGAAUCACGUCAGACAUGGAAGGUUGGAGAACCACUCAGCUGCUUUUCAGCCUGGGAGCCAUCUGUUUAGACAGCCGUAUUGGUCUGGAUUGGGCGUGCACAGUUGCGGAUAUUUUACACAGCCUGAAUGUUAGCCCUGAGUGGAGCACAGUCAUCGCCUCCUUUACUGACCAUUGUAUCCAGCAGCUGCCCCAAACACUCAAACGUACCAACCUGUUCACUCUGCUGGUGCUGGUGGGCUUCCCUGAGGUGUUGUGUGUAGGAACUCAGACGGUGUUCAUCGACAACGCCAACGAACCGCACGACAUGAUCUUGUUCAAACACUUCACUGAGAGGAACCAUGCUGCAGUGGUGGACAUUAAGACCCGCAAGCGGAAAACAGUUAAGGACUAUCAACUCAUCCAGUUUAAGGAUUCCACAUCAUCCAGCCUGGCAAGACCAACUGAGAGCAAGGUUUCUCCAGAACCUUUGCUCAUCUCUUACCUGAGUAAUUUCACAGCUAUUAUUAGCCACUUGCUGCAGGCCAGUCAGGACAGUAGCUCUGCUGAUGCUGUGGAAGCCACCUGGGUCCUGUCCUUGGCCCUGAAAGGACUCUACAACACACUCAAGAAACAUGGAGUGGCUCAAGCUCAGGAAACUGUUCAGCAGUCAGGACUGACAAAGCUGCUGGUGAGGAAGUGCAGCAAAGGCACUGGUUUCAGCAAGCUGUGGUUGCUGCGAGACCUGGAGAUUCUCUCCAUCAUGCUCUACUCCUCGAAGCGGGAGAUCCACUCCAUGGCCCAGGAUCCUGAUCGAGAACCAAGAGAGCAGGAGAAGGAGCACGACUCUGACCAUUCCAGUUGCUGUGCUGAUGACCCUGAGGUCAACAGACCAGACCCCUUAGAGGGUCUUGAUGAGGAGACAAAGAUUUGCUUCCAGAUCACCCAUGAUGCCUUAAAUGCCCCUCUGCCCAUCCUGCGGGCCAUGUAUGAGCUGCAAAUGAAAAGAACGGAUUCGUUUUUCCUGGAGGUUCAGAAGAGAUUUGAUGGUGAAGAAAUUAAAACAGAUGAAACCAUUCGAACCCUCGCUCAGAAGUGGCAGCCCAUCAGGCAGCAUCGCACUGGUGAGAGGAACACCAAGGCUGUGGACACAGACAUGAUCGUGUUGUCCUGCAUGUCAAAGCCCGGUCACUGUGAAAAGGCCACAGAGGAGCUCAACGUAGUGGCCCAGAAACUCAUCACAAAUUCAGAAAGUGACCUGCAGCUCAGUUAUGCCAAACAGAGACGCACCAAAAGCUCGGCCCUUUUGCACAAAGAACUGAAUGUGCGUAGCAAUCGAGCGGUUCGUCAAUAUCUGGUGAAGGUCAACGAGGCCAUCGCAACACUGUAUGCCCGGCACGUGCUGGCCACGCUGUUAGCUGACUGGCCUGCAGACGCUGCACUGAGUGAGGAGGCCCUGGAACUGAGUGGUGCCUCACACAUGGCCUACAUCCUGGACAUGUUAAUGCAGCUGGAAGAGAGGCCUCUCUGGGAGAAGAUUCUCCAGAGGGUCCUGAAGGGUUGUGGCCAGAAUAUAUUGUGCAGUCUGUCUCUUACUGCUUGUCAGUUCAUGGAGGAGCCAGGUAUGGCUGUGCAGGUCAGAGAGUCCAAACACCCGUAUGAAAACAACACCAAUUUUGAGGAUAAGGUGCACAUCCCUGGGGCCAUCUACCUGUCAGUGAAGUUCGACUCUCACUGCUACACAGAGGAAGGCUGCGAUGAGCUUGUUAUGGCCAGCAGCAGUGAUUUCCUUCAGGAUGUGCACACUUUCAGUGGCUCCCCACAGAAAUGGUCUGAUUUUGAGAUUCCUGGUGAUACACUGUACUACAGAUUCAUGUCAGACAUGAGCAACACGGAGUGGGGCUACAAAUUCACCGUUACUGGAGGUCACAGAGGACGAUUUCAGACAGGAUUCGAGAUACUGAAGCAAAUGUUAGCUGACGACCAGGUGCUCAGUCACCUGGCAUUUACUGACAUAUGGGAGUGGCUGGUGGGCGUGGCCUGUCGUCAGACUGGAAACCAACGACUCAAAGCCGUUCACUUGUUGCUCCGCCUCCUGCAGUGUCCAUCUCAGACGGCCUGUGAGCUGACAUUGCUGCGACCUCUGUGGCAGCUUUUCAUUUCCAUGGAAAACAACCAAAACCAGGAUCCCACCAGUAUCACUGUGCUGCUGCCUCUCCACAGAGCGCUCACUGAACUCUUCUUUAUUGCUGAAGCUCGAGCCAUCGAAAAGAACAUCCUUCAGGAGUACUUAUUAUCCAUGACCACCGACGAGCAGCUCCUCAAUCACACUGCAAUGGCUCUGAAGAACAUCGCUGCCAUCAGCCUGGCGAUAAAUUACCCCAAUAAAUCUACCAAACUACUCAACAUGUCCUCCUGAGUGAUCUACUGAGAGAACAGAGGAGACGACCUGAAGAGGACUCAUGCUGACUCCUGUCGGUUCACACUGAUCAAGGAGCCCAGGUGUGAGGGAGGGAAACCUCUGGGGCCGCCGGGUGCUUCUCUCCUCACACGACCCCCAACCUCCACGCUGGUAACUCACUGAACUUGUGUGGCUAUGAGCUGUGGUGGUGGUGGGAACUCACAGAGCACUUUCCACGCCCACUCAAAACCCCAUUUUGCCUUAGGUGUAUCCAAUAUAUCAGCAUGUCCAGUCACUGGAACGCUUUUUCUUUCUUUCUUUUUUUAAAAAGGAUUUUUACUUGAAGAUGCCAUCAGAAGGACAUGGUGCGUGCCAAAAUUCCCGACAUUCGCUACGUAACCCCUCUCCGUCAAAUCUUUUUUCCUAAACAUUAGCUCCUGGGGUAGAACUCUUGAUGAUGUUGAAAGCAGGUCACCUUGGUGGUAAAUCUCAGAGGACGUGCAGGGCAUCCUAAAAAUACCCUCUAGGAUGGUGUAGUCUCAUUAGUCACCACUGGGAGCGAGUUCUCGCUCCUUUAGCCCUUUCUUCUCCGUUGUCCUCUUCCCACCGUUGUUCUUUCUAAAAGGAGAAGUGGAACGUGGGCGUCUCUGGGCCUUUGCUGUGCAGUUUGUUCAGCAAACCAUCACAAACAUUCUUUUUAAUCACACAGAAAUAAGAAUUACGGGCUAGAUUUUUUUUUUUCUUUUUGCAUAGGAAAUAACAUUUAAGCUGAGACAAAACAUUGCGAUGACAUAUUUUGAUUUAAACAUCCGCACAUUUUCAGAAUUAAUCACCAUUUUUUAAUUUUGUUUAAAUAUUAUUUACACAAAAACAUAAUAAUUACAUUAACAUUACAAAACAUAAUUACGCCAUUAUGUUCAGACAUGUUCUGUGGCAAAAACAUCUAAUACAUAUAUCAGAGCGUGAGAAUAAACAUGGGCAUUACCACUGUUGACAAGUGAAGCUGGUGUACUGGUAUCCAUGUUGUGAUUUCUGUACAUUUAAGAAGACAGGAUUCUUAACUCUUCUCUCUCUUUCUUUCUUUCUUUUUUAUUUCUCACAUUAAUGUGAAGCUUUCAUCAAUAGAUAUUACGUCAGAAUCUGAUAAAUCUAGACAACCCAGUCAGAGCUGCAUUAGUCACAGUCCUGCCGUGAGAUUGUGAUAAAUGAUUCAUUCAUUAUUUUUGUAGGUUGUUAAAUCUAUGCCUACAGAGUGUAGCAAAAAGAUUCUGUUUUCUGUUGGAGAUCAUGGUGGUUUUAUACCAAAGAAACCAAUCAUUGUGAGCCAUAAAACUCACGACGGAGGCCCUGACGGAGUUGAUUUCACGUUCAUCACAGGAAGUUACCGUGUGAAAUGCUGGCGUGAUUGAUGCCUAAAGACGUUGUUCUGUUCAGUUUGGGGUUUUUUUUAUUAUUAUUUUUAUUAACCUUGACCUUUGAACUGGUCGCUGCAAAGAAUGUAUGAAGGCUCACUGGUUUUUGUUUACUCCGCUGCAGUGAGGACAGAGAGAGAGAGAGAUGUGUUUCCUCUAUUCGGCUUCCAAAACACCUCACCUAUCUAUUAUGUGCCUAGCUCAAAACUCAAGCAAUCCUAGUUUAACUCAUGUGAGUGAAAUAGUUAUUGAUUCUAUUUUAAAGAGAAAUAUAUUGUUUAAUUUGGAACUCUUUUGUAACUUUUUACUUUUAAAGGUUCAUUUCACAGGAAUGCUUGAUAUUCAAAGCUGAUUUAUUUGAAUGUACAUAUCUGUCGAUAUUUAUUGCACAAGAUGCAAAAGACUUUGGUAUUUACCCCAUAAAAAUAUAGCCUUUACUGAGCACUAACAGACGGAUGUUCAUUUUGUAUGCAUGGCACAUUGAAGGUAAAAAAAAAAAAACAGAACAAAAACAGAAAUGUGGCCUGGGUUGAAAUGUGAUUCAUUUCUAAUUAAAAUUGAAAUUAGAUAAAUAUAAA